GAGAGUUUGGGGCAAAAGUCGCGCACAUUAUCUCUGAAUUUCAAUUCAUUAUUGAAUUAAAAAUUUUAAAUCAAAAAAUUGUGUUUAAAAACAAAACUUUUGUUUUGAAAACAAUUUUACGAAUAAAUAGUUUUCGGCAAAAAUGUAACGAAAAAAAGGCGACAAAAGAGACGACACUUUGUUUGACGACAAACGCGACGCCAACGACGACAACGACUGACUGUUUGUUGUGUUUAUUGUCGCAAAUAAUAGCGAUUUUGCGGACAUUUUCUGCGCAAAACUCGUCUCUCUUUCUCAGCCGUCGGCGCGACCUCUGAAUGGCCAGAAUGAACGGCAACACCGAUUCCGGCAUCGAAUCGGACGCCGAAUGCGAGCAAACGGUUCCACUUGUCGUCGAUUUCGGCUCUUCGGUGAUGACGUCACGCGAGUCGAGCGCUCCGGCGAUGGCGGCGCCCAUUGUCAACGGCAUUGUCAACGGCGGCCACAUCUGCGCGAAGACAGCGCUGACGACAGCGCUGGACGACUGCCUGUCGUUGGGGACGACAGCUCUGAGUGUCGCCGAGUCGUUGGCCGCGUCCACACCCAACAGCUCUUCUCAGACGAGCGGUUGUGACGACAUUCCCGAGACUGCGGACCACGUGAUCGCCGAAACGACGACAGGUGUCGUGGAGGGCGACGCCGACGAGUUGUCGUUCCGGUUGUGUCUCGCGAGCGGCGAUUGGCUGACGAUAUCCAUGGAUCAGAUCUCGGAAUACGAGCGCGAAGUGAUGCGCGAGUUCUUCGACGGCCAGACGAAGGGGAAGUCGGCGGACAGUUAUCGCGAGAUCCGAAACCACUUUCUGCGGCAUUGGAAGCAAACGAAACCGCGACGCUUCGGCUAUCACGAGAUGUUGCGCAAAGUGUCCUCUCUGCACCUGGGCAACGUGACGGCCUUCUCUCGCGUGCAGAAGUUCCUCGAGAGCCACAAAGCGAUUAAUUUGUAUUCAAAGCGAGAAAUCAAAUCCAAACCAAUGAAACGCCACUUCAAGGCCAAAGCCCCGCCCACCGCCGCCGCGGCCACGCCCUCCGCCCCCGCCGACGGCCCCUCCCCGCCGAAGACGCCGCGCACGCGCCCCAAUCCCUUCAAACUGGUUCCCUUGGAGACGUUCGACGCGACGAACGAACAGCCGCCGUUCGCCGUCCGGCUGUCGAUGGAAGCGCUGGCCAUAAUCGACAUCCACGCGCAUUGCGUGCGCACGGAAGUGAUCGGUCUGCUGGGCGGCACGUACUGCGCGCUGAGUCGCGAACUCCACAUUCUCACGGCCGAACCUUGCGCCUCUCUCGACGACCACGACCUCCAGUGCGACAUGGAGCCGGUGUCUCAGGCCAUCGCGAAGGAGCGGUUGGAGCAGAAGUCGUACGCAUGCGUGGGCUGGUACCACUCGCACCCCACCUUCGUGCCCAACCCCUCGCUCCGGGAUCUGGAGACGCAGACGGCGUUCCAGACGCUCUUCUCCCGCGAGUCGAACCAACCCUUCGUCGCGUUCAUCCUCUCGCCCUACAUGACGUCAUGCGAGCAGAACCGCCAGACGGCGCUCGUCUCCAAGUUCAAGUGCCUCUGGGUGUCCGACCGCCAGAACGAGAAGAGCGAAUACUGCGUGCCGAUGGAGUUGCGCCCUCUGCUGGUGCGCAGAGAGAAACUGCUGUUUUCGGUUCUGACCAAACUGCACGACUUGUGCGCGAAGAUCAAGGGCCACGCCUCCCGCGUCCAAAUGACCAAUCGCAUCAAGCGCUUCCGCGGGCUCAACAUCAACCACUUGGAGAAGUUGUGUCACUCUCUGCGCCACCAUUUGCGCGAAACCGGACUCUCUUCGGUGGAGUGCGACCACCUGUUGGCCAACUGUCGCAACAUUCUCCUCAAGCACUUCUCGGACGACAGCAAGACGUCGGCGACGACCGCCGCGACGACAGCGACGUCUCGUUGA